AUGAAGAUAUCUGAAUCCGAAGGGCAUCAUGGAUGGGCGAGGAAUCGGGAGCCGGGACUAGGCCUGGCACUGCCGCCCCCCACCGGGGAAGCCACCUCCGGAGACCGCCGAGGCGGCCGGGGCCAGGGCUGUCCUUCCAUCUCGCUCCAGCAGGGGGCGUCAGCGCUCCGCGGAGAAGCUGCGCUGCAGUCCUGCUGCGGGCGGAGGGCGGACUGGGGACUUCGAGAGACCGCGCUGGGCCGGGCGCGAGCCUUCCGCAGUCUCAAAACACUUCAUCUCGUCCAGAAAGGGGAAUUGAGGCUCAGAAAGCGGGUGGGAGGAUAA